AUGGGGCCCAACGCCUGCAGCGCUCACAACGUGACCCAGGAACUUCAGUUCUUUGAAGCCGAAAUGGUACUUCUCAGGCUUGAGGGACAGCUGGUGUUGUCGUCGUCGGGAAAUCGUAGGUUUGUGGAAGCAUCAUUGGGAGGCCUUGAGCUUGUUCAGUAUGAGCAGCCUCGCCCCCGAAGGUCGCUGUGGUACAAGGGAUUUCUUAAGGAUUGUCCAAAUGGCCAACUCACAGAACAGGGUUUUCUGAGGAUAUACAAGCAAUUCUUUCCUCAAGGUGAUCCCUCGAAGUUUGCAUCGCUGGUUUUUCGGGUUUUCGACGAGAACAAGGACGGCUCAAUCGAGUUCGAGGAGUUUAUUCGUGCACUUUCUGUGACUUCACGAGGCAGUCUCGACGAGAAGCUAGUCUGGGCCUUCAAACUUUAUGACGUCGACAACGACGGAUUCAUCACGAGAGAUGAGAUGUACAACAUCGUAGACGCCAUCUAUCAGAUGCUGGGAAACCAGACGAAAGAGUCCGAACAAGAGGAAUCCCCCCAGGAAAGAGUUGACAAGAUAUUCGAUCAACUGGACAAAAACCACGACAACCGGCUUACGUUGGAGGAGUUCCGCGAGGGCUCCAAGCAGGAUCCGAAGAUUGUGCAAGCGCUAUCUCUUUACGCUCCUUGACACAACCUCACAGCCAGUCAGUCCAUGCUGGUCCAGCCUCCCACGUUCGAGCUUAACUACUCCCACAUCCCGCCCAUCUACUGAACGCCCUUCAUUUGUGAACACCACGCUGCUAUAGUUUCUU